AUGGAGCAGCCACCGCUGAAACGGAGGCAUCAGACAGGAGAUUCGGCGUUGCCGGAGGAGCUGCUGGUGGAGAUAUUUGCUCGUCUGCCGGCCAAGUCGGUGCGCCGCUUCCGCUGCCUGUCGCGUACGUGGCCCGCCACGCUCUCAUCGUCCUCCUUCACCGACCUCCACCUCGAGCGAGCGAAUCAACGAGAAGGCCCGCCCAAGCUCCUGUUCACGACUGCGCAGUACCGCUUCCACGCAUGGCGGCAUGGCACUGGUUCUGUGGCGGCGGAGCAGCUGACCGCCGACGUCCUACCUCUCCCGCGACUUGAGCCGGACUACGCUGUCGAGGUGCUCACCGCCAAGCCAUGCCAUGGCCUCGUCCUGCUCCGCCGCAAGUACUUCCGUGGCUACUACCUGUGCAACCCGUGCACCGGCGAGCUCUCGCUUCUCCCGGACAGCGAGAUACCGUCCAAGAUCAUGUCCGGGCAGCAGCGGCGGCACAUCAACAACAGCCUAGUGGCCUACGGCCUGGGUUACAUCUCCAAAGCGAAGCAACAUAAAGUCGUACGUCUCAUCUCCCUGCACGACGAAGGAACGGCGAGUUGCGAGGUCUUGCCGCUCGACAGCGUGUCCGUGCACUGGAGGCCGGCCGCUCACCAGCCGGCCGCCUCGUGCAAUAGUCAUCACGCCUCCGUUGCGCGGCCAGAGGCAGCCGUGUUCUUCAAUGGACAUCUGCACUUUCUCCAGCACCACCGCCAGGGCCAGGGCGUCAUUACCACUUUCGACAUUUCCGACGAGUCCUUCAGCUCGUUGUCGGCGCCGCCGGGACUAGAGAAUGUUCCAUUUGGGCUGGCUGUGUUGGAUGGAUGCCUGUGUGCCCAUUAUAAUGGCCUUUCUCUGAGUGGCGGCGACGACCCAUUCUAUAUCUCGCGGCUCGUGAGAGCAAGUGGGCAGUGGGAGCAGCUCUGCUGCAUCCAGCGACAAGCUUGGCGUGCACUGCUGCCGCCGUCAAAAUGGGUCUAUCCGCUCGAAAUCUACCACGACGGCGGCCGCAACAAGAAGAUCAUGUUCGCCACAGGUGUGUCAACUGUUUUUGUGGUGGACCUCGGCCGCAAGGCGGCGGCCCCGGAGAUUGUGUUCUCACCGGCGAUGCUGGGCUGCGACGUCGACGAUGCAAUCAUGGAAAGCGAACCCCACCAUACCGUGGGCCUGUUGGAGGAGAGCCUGGUGUCGGUAGGCCGCACGAACUAG